GGGAGUUUUAUGCACAUUUAAGAAAAAAAAACUUAAAUGAGCCACAAUUAAACUCCAAAUCCACUCCAAAUAAAUAAACCGCAGCUCAAGUUUUUGACGUUACCAAUAAAGCGCAUCAUGUACCACCCAAAUACGAGCUAUAUGAAGCCGUAGAUCCACACACAAGAUGAAUGGUUGCAAAACUAUUUAAAGUGCUGUUAGUGACUGAUAAGAAAUUAAAUAUUAAUGUGAUGAUAAAAUAAUCGCAGUGCGUGUAAAACUAGUGAAACAACUGAUUAAAACAAUGGAAGAGGACAAGCAAGUUAUACUAAAAUUCGUACCCCCGAAAUCUUUCGUUCAUUCUGAUUUUUGGUAUAAGCUGGCAGACAUCAAAUUAAAUAUAGAUAAACUAAACGAUUCACCAAAGACAUUAUACGCAUUUAUUAAUAAAUCAGAAAAAUCAAGAUUAUUGAUCGAGAUCGAUUGUACCGCUUUUAACAGCGUAUCAUCCGCAAGUGGAUUCAGUUGCAGAGGCAUUCUACUGAAUAAAAAUACGGUAGAAGAAUUCAAGUCAAUCGACAAGGAUGCGUUAAUUAGGAAGAUGAGCUGUCAAUAUUAUAAAAAUAUAUUUUUGAAGGAUAGGCUUAACCAUAGCUCAGAUUUGAUUUUUUUCAUACUUCUUUCUUUCGCGGACUUCAAAACUCAUAAAUAUUAUUAUUGGUUUGCAUUUCCUGUUUUGCGUCCCUUGAUAUAUACAUGUGUUAGCCAAACUUUGUUAUCAUCGAUAUUCGACAACGAACGAUGCCUAAAUUUCGACCGAGAGUUACAAAGAUUUAACAGUACGAACCCGGAACCUUUGUUCGUUUAUAACUCAACCUCGAAUUGUUUUUCGAGGCUGCGGGAUUUGGUUAACCAUGCCGAUAAAACAAAUAACUUUAAGGAUACUGAUCUAGAUUCUACUUAUUUUUGUUGUGUCGAUCAAUCAUACGAAAACAAUGCUAGCUGGAUAUUAAGGCAAUACUUGGGUUAUCUCGCAAUUUCAUGUCCCAAACUGUUGAAUCGAAUAGUUAAGUGUAUAUGUAUACGUGAAACGAUCAGCUCUAGCUUCGUAUAUCAAAUAAUGCUACCUUCGGAAUGCGAUUUAGAAUCAUCAUGGAUUGGAUGGGAAGUAAAUGAGCACGGAAAGUAUACCCCACGAUUAGCAGAUAUGUCGAAAACAAUGGAUCCACUGGUUUUAGCCGAUAGAACAGUUAGUUUAAAUUUAACAUUGAUGAAAUGGAGGAUUCUCCCGGAUUUAGAUUUGGAUAUCAUAAGGAAAACAAAAUAUCUACUUCUGGGUGCUGGUACGCUCGGUUGUGGUGUCGCUCGUUCCUUACUGGCUUGGGGUGCGCUGCACAUUACCUUUGUGGAUUAUGGAAAGGUGUCGUUAUCGAACCCAGUACGCCAAACCCUAUUUUUAUAUGAAGAUGCGGUGAAUGGUGGGAAGCUGAAGGCCGUAACGGCUGCUGAAAGACUUCGUCAAAUCCAUCCAUGUGUUGUAUCAUCUGGAUAUUCCAUUAAAAUUCCUAUGCCUGGUCAUUCUGUCGCGGAAGCACAACUGGAUGAAACUACUGAAACAAUAAAUACCUUGAACGAUCUUGUUAUGCAGCACGAUGUAGUUUUUUUACUUACAGAUUCCCGAGAAAGUCGCUGGCUACCGUCAAUGUUGUCUACAUACCAUGGAAAGAUGACUAUUAACGCCGCAUUAGGAUUCGAUUCUUUCCUAGUUAUGCGACAUGGAUCAAAAUCAACAGUCGUAGAAUCUACAUGCGACAUAAGAGGUUUUAAAGAGUUACAUGGAUCCCGCUUGGGUUGCUACUUUUGCAAUGAUGUUGUAGCACCGGGAAAUUCUCUGAAAGAUCGAACUUUGGACCAACAAUGUACUGUAACUCGACCUGCUGUUUCAAAUAUAGCAUCAAGCUUAGCAGUUGAGAUGGCCGUUUCUUUGCUGCAACAUGGAGAUAGACAUUCCGCUCCAGCCUAUUACAGAACAUCCAACAUAGUUGAUGAUUUAGAAAAUAUACCGGAAGGAUUACUGGGUAUCAUUCCACACUCAAUUCGAGGAAAUAUAUAUGAUUUCAAGUAUCUCAUAACGGCGACUGAGAGGUUUUCAGAAUGCGUAGCGUGUUCUUCGCACAUACUGGAUAUGUUCGAACAACAGGGUAAUCCUUUUGUGUUAGAUGUGAUCAAUUCAUCGAAAAUUUUGGAAGAUAUUACUGGUAUUUCUCAAUUACAAGAGGGCGUUGAUGAGGUAAAUAUUCUUACUGGUUAUUCUCGUAUGGAAUAUGAACAUAAUGACAAACUAUUCAUUAUGUCAAACUAUUCACUAUAAUUCUCAAAUAUGUCCGAUUUCUCGGUAUUCGGGUAUAAUAAUAGAAAGCGCCUCGUAAUGUAUUUAAUGAGAAUAUUUCUACAAGUUUGGUGAGCGCUCAACUUUCUAAGGAAAUAUGUCCGCAUACUACAUGAACAGAAAUAACACGGUUUUAAAUGCCAUGUCCCAUAUUGUCCACAUGGGAAUUCUUCCUUUUUUAUUAAAAAAAAAACAAUUUCCUUUUUUAUUCAAAAAUAACUGCGCAAGGUGCUGUCCAAAAUGUCGAAGUUCUUGUCUACAAGAUAAUUUUCAACGAUCUGAAUAAAUUAUAAUAAAAAUGUGCAACGUCUGCGGGUUUACUGUCAGCUGCAAAGAACACAUGAAUAAUAAUAUUAAAGUUUAAAUUUUCUGUCAGAAUGAUACUUCAUAUUGUGGAACUGCCGAAGUCUUUCGUUGCUCGGUAGAACUGGUCUUUCUUUUAUCAGCUUAUGCAGCACCUUCUUUCAAAGCAAUGCCAUUUCGUAAUGUAUUGCAAAAGUAGCUCAAAAAAUUCAAACUUUUUCUCUCUGCGAUUUCGCACUCCUUUUGAUUAAUUGGCAAAAAAAUCGUUCAUUGCAAAUGGCGGUUGUAAAGCAAACGCGAGCCAAAUACGUUUCAAAAUGUUUCAUUCAUAUUAAAAAUAGUUUAUCAAAAUUUAUUACAAUUCAAAAUCUUGCUGGCUGAUAAUGCUCACAUGAUUAUACCCAAAUUAUUCCAUACGAGACGUGUAGUUUAGUUUUUUUUAUUUUGAUCUAAUUUUUUUUUCCAAAAAUAGGUAAUCGAUUUUGAUAGUGAUAAUGAUUAAUUUGAAACGAAAAUAAAAUCCAGGAUAAUUAAUGAA